AAAAACAACGCAAUUUUUAUUGCACGUGCAAAAAAUGCAAAGUUAUAAUUUUUAGAAAUAUUUAUCAUGUCACAGUUAACGACUCGACCCCAAGUGCUUCGGUUGUACCGACAGAUACUCCGACUGGGGAGGAAGUGGGAGGCUGCUUCGGGGAAGACUCAGGACACGAAGAUGGAACGUAAUUACAUCAAAACCGAAGCCACAACCCUGUUCAGACAAAAUUCAGGACUUGGUGACCCAAAAGUUAUUCAGGACUGUAUUCAUGAAGCUCAAGCGAGGUUGGAGUUAGCUGUUCAUUAUAAGACGCCGUAUCCGAGACCGGUGAACGUGCCUCCGCAGUCAAUGGCGAGAAAGAAGGGAAAAGAACAGGGGAAAACGCAAGAACGAUUAAAGAAGCAGUCGAUUCCAGUCUAUAUCAAGUCGCAUUUCGAACGAUAGUAAUUGAGUAUUAAGGUAAUGAUAAUGAAGGACGAUUAGAUUAUACUCUAGUCAUCAUAUUAUGAGAGUUUAUAUGUUGAUAGUUAUAUUGUCAAUACAAUUAAAAGGUUGCGAAACUCUA